GUUUGUGAACGAGGUUAGCUCAGAAAUUAACGGUUUUUUCCAGGAAACGCGGUUAAUAGCUUCAGCUUAGCGCUUUAUAUGAGCACAGAACAGUGUGUGUGUGUGUGUGUGUGUGUGUGUGUGUGAGAGAGAGUGUGUGUGUGAGUGAGUGACCAUCAGUGUGUGUGUAAGACCAUCAGUGUGUGUGUAAGACCAUCAGUGUGUGUGUGUGUAAGACCAUCAGUGUGUGUGUAAGACCAUCAGCGGUGUUGACGAUGAAGGCGGUGACAUUAACACUCAUGUUGUGCUGUUUACUGACGGCUGAAGCGGCGCGGAGCAGAAAGGAGUGGAGCAGCAGCGGGAGCAGCGGCAGCAGCAGCGGCCUGAGGAGAGCAGCGGGGGCCGUGUAUCAGGGGCUGGGCUCCGUGUUCGGGGACGACAACAUUAAAGCCUUAUAUAAGUUCUUCUCCAGGACCACUGAGCGGUUUGUACAUGGUGUGGAUUCGCUGCUGGACUCUCUGUGGAGGAGCUGGACUGACCUGCUGGAUGCUCUGGGCCUCGAUUCCUCCACCCUGUCUCAUUACUUCAGCCCGUCGUCAGUGUCAGGUUCUCCAUCUCGGGUGUUGUUGUUGCUGGGUGUGGUGUUCUUGGCGUACUGGUUUGUGUCCUUGGUUCUCGGGGCAGUGAUGCUGGUUCUGCGUGCCGUGUUGGGUCGCUUCUUUUGGGCGGCGCGUGUGCUGUUCUUUGCGCUCUCGUGCUUGUACGUGCUGCAGAAGUUUGAGGGCGACCCAGAGAAAGCGGUGCUCCCCCUGCUGGUCAUCAUGGGCGUGUACUUCCUGACAGGGCCGGUGUCUGCGUACUGGAGGAGACAGGGAGGCUCUAUGCUAGAGGAUAAGAUCGAUAACCUGGAGACGCAGGUACGACUCCUCAACAUCCGCCUCAGCAGGGUGAUCGACAACCUCGAACGCUCCGUCGACCAAUGAGGCGAUGGCAUUCAGGAAUUGCCAGGGGUGGGGUGGGGUGGGGUGGGGUUAGGGUCAACGUGUGGUUCUGGGUUUAACUUUCCUGUUAUGGUUCUGUAGGUUUCACACCAACACUCCGGUUGCUAGGCAGCUGGUCACUUAUACAUACACCACAUAGUAGUAGCUACACACUGAUGUUAGCUUUUUAAUAUGAAACUGAAUUUCUCACCUAUUCUGAUCGAACAGGAAAUACAGGAAUGGUUAAACAGGAAGUGACA